CUGCUCUCCCCUCCUCUGGUCCUAUUCGGCUCGGUUCGCCCACAGCCCCUCAGGCAAGGGCGGGCUACUGCCAAGGCGUUCGGGUGGACGCGCUGAGGAGGAAAGGGGGGGCCGGCCGGCCGGCGGGUGGGCGCACGGGCAGGCAAGCAGGCAGGCAGGCAGGCAGGGCUGGCUCAGGUGCUUGCUUGCGGCAGGCGCGGGAAGCCUCCAGUUGACCGUCCCGCUGCGCCACGGCGGCUCCCGCUGCCCAGGUAACUCUGGCAGACAAAGAAUUGUCCAGCUUCAGCACUUGAGGAUCAUUUGCUACUUUCCAUUAUCUGAAGUUCUGUGGGCUGAUAGAAAUCCUUCUGCAUAAACAUCAUUGUAAAGAUGAAGAUGGAGUUUUUAAACAGGCAUUUUGUUGCAGUUUGUUCCAUAUUCUGUUUGACAGGUCUGAGGUGUUCAGAUGCGGCAGGAAAUCCUGUACGUGAUAUCCAUGGACUCACAGUCUAUGUGCGAGAUGAACAAAAAGGAUAUGGGCCAAUUUUUGAAGAACAGCCCAUUGAUACUGUCUACCCAGACGAAUCCCCAGAAGGAAGAGUCACAAUGAACUGCAGAGCAAGAGGAAUACCCACUCCUACUUACAAAUGGCAACGAAACAACAAGGAUAUUGAUAUUAAGAUAGCAAAGGAGCACCAUAGUAUGAUAGGAGGAAACCUGGAAAUUAUUAAUCCUGAAAGAUCAAGGGAUGAAGGAACAUAUGUAUGCAUAGCAUACAAUGUGCAUGGAACUAUAAGGAGCCGGGAAGCAACUCUAAACUUUGGAUAUUUACAUCCUUUCCCACCUGAAGAAAGACAUCCAGUAAAAGUACGGGAAGGUGUGGGUGCUGUCCUCCUCUGUAACCCUCCACCACAUUAUCCAGAUGAUCUCAGUUACCGCUGGGUUCUGAAUGAUUUCCCAGAAUUCAUUACUUUGGAUAAAAGGCGAUACGUAUCACAGUCAAAUGGCAAUCUCUACAUAGCCAAAGUUGAAGCAUCAGAUAAAGGCAACUAUUCUUGCUUUGUGACCAGCAACUCAAUCACUAAGAGCGUGUUUAGCAGUUUCAUUCCACUUAUUCCUCAAGCAGAUCGUACAAAAGGUUAUCUACCAGAUAUCAGAGUGAAGUUCAAAGACACAUAUGCACUUCUAGGGCAAAAUGUGACACUAGAAUGUUUUGCGCUUGGAAACCCUGUUCCUGAAAUUAGAUGGAAUAAGUAUCUGGAACCCAUGCCAACCAGUGCAGAGAUAAGCAUGUCUGGUGCAGUCCUCAGGAUAUAUAAUAUUCAGUUUGAAGAUGAAGGUACAUAUGAAUGUGAAGCUGAAAAUCACAGAGGAAAAGAUAAGCAUUCAGCAAAAGUAUAUGUUCAAGCAUAUCCUGAAUGGGUAGAGCACAUUAAUGAUACAGAGAGAGAUUUGGGCAGUGAAUUCCAUUGGCCCUGUGUAGCUGCAGGCAAGCCUCUUCCGACAAUCCGAUGGCUGAAAGACGGACUACCGUACUGGAAGGGUGACUUGAGAUUUUCUAGUCUAAGGAACGAUGAUAGCGGCAUGUAUCAGUGUGUAGCAGAAAAUAUGCAUGGCAUGAUUUAUUCAAAUGCAGAGCUGAAGGUUAUUGUUUUGGCUCCUACCUUUGAAUACUAUCCAAUGAAGAAAGAAGUCUUGGCUGCUAGAGGAGGCCAGGCUAUAAUUGAGUGCAAGCCUAGAGCAGCUCCUAGGCCAAAACUUACUUGGAGCAAAGGGGCAGAGAUUCUUAGAAACUCAACCAGGAUACAUAUUUGGUAUGAUGGAAGUCUGGAAAUUAUAAAUGUUACAGCAGCAGAUGCAGGUAACUACACCUGUUUUGUGGAAAAUUUCAAAGGAAAAGCAAACAGUUCUUCUGCUCUUGUGACCACAGCUCCCACAAGGAUAGAUUUAGCUCCAACUAAUGUUGAUGUCAUUGUUGGACAGAAUGCUACCAUGCAGUGCCAUGCAACCCAUGAUCCUUUUUUAGAUCUGACUUUUAUUUGGCUUCUCAAUGGAUAUCCAAUAGAUGUUGAUAAAGAGAGUGAAUACUAUGAAAGGAGCAUCAUGAUCAAGGACAAUGGUGAACUCAUUGUGAAAAAUGCCCAGCUGAGGCAUGCUGGAAGAUACACAUGUGUUGCUCAGUCCAUCGUUGAUAAUGCGACAGCUUCAGCUGAUCUUGUUGUUAGAGGGCCUCCAGGUCCCCCAGGAGGACUGAAAAUAGAAGAUAUUAGAAACACAUCUGUUAUUCUUACAUGGAGCCGCGGAACAGACAAUCACAGCCCAAUUUCAAAUUACACUAUCCAGUCAAGAACUUUUCUCUCUGAGUACUGGAAGGACAUGAAAACAGAUCCUCCAGUAGUUGAAGGAAAUGUUGAGUCAGCCAAGGUGAUUGAUUUAAUCCCAUGGAUGGAAUAUGAAUUUCGGAUAAUGGCCACUAAUAUUUUAGGGACAGGAGAACCAAGUAUACCAUCACAGAAAAUCCGAACAGAAGGAUCUCCUCCCAAUGUGGCUCCUUCUGAAGUUGGAGGAGGGGGCGGCAGCAAUCGAGAACUGACAAUAACAUGGGUGCCUUUGCCAAGAGAGUAUCACUUUGGUAAUAAUUUUGGAUAUGUGGUAUCCUUCAAGUCUUUUGAUCAAAAGGACUGGAAAAGAGUAACAGUUCCACAUGCUGAUGCAAGCCGGUAUGUCCAUAAAGAUGAAACAAUGCCUCCCUCAUCGAAGUAUCAAGUGAGAGUGGGAGCAUUUAACAACAAAGGGGAAGGACCAUUUAGCCUUACUGCUAUCAUCUUUUCUGCCCAAGAUGCUCCUACUGAAAAACCUAGAAAUGUGAACGUAAAAGUCCGAUCAUCCACAGAAGCCUCUGUUUCUUGGCAGCAUAUUCUCAAUCCAGCUGUUACAGGGUAUGAGAUCCGUUACUGGUCCAGUCAUGAAAAAGAAAUAGCUGCAAAUAAAGUACAAGCCAGCAAUCAGAAUUUUUCGGUAAGGCUAGAAAACCUGAAGCCUGACACCCAAUACUAUGUAGAUGUGGCAGCUUUCAAUACAGCAGGCUUUGGACCUACCAUGGUUGGAAUAAAAGCCAUGUCAUGUUUUUCAGCUCCAAGGCAACGACCAAGAAUUAUCAGUGCCGUACGGUCUGGUUCAAAGUACGUUAUCACAUGGGACCAUGUUAAAUCACAGUCUAAUGAAUCCACCGUGAAAGGAUAUAAAGUGCUGUAUAGACCAGAUGGACAGUUCAAUGGCACACUAUUUAAAACCGGCAAACAUUAUAUAGAGGUUCCUGCUCCUCUUAAGGGUCAAUAUGUUGUUGAGGUUCGAGUGCAUAGUGAAGGAGGAGACGGAGAAGUAGCUCAAGUAAGAAUUCCAGGAACUGCUGCUGGAAUAUCACCAAGUUGUCUUGGUUUAUUGCUGCCUGCUGUUGGUAUCCUUGCUUACAUGGGAUUCUGAAUGUAGCUGGAUGUGACAUGUCCUUGACUUAGUGCAAAGGACCUUCCAACCAGAGAGGAUUUCAAUUCUUCUUUUUUGAUCCCUGUGGCACCAUCCUAAGCCAAAUAAAUUACAUUUCCAAGCAAAUUAUCCUCUUGAUUUAACUAUGAACUUGAAAGACUGAGGCAUUCAGGAACCCCUUCAUCAAGCGACUCAACUUUUGAAAGUUUGAGGAAUGAUUUUUAACUUGUUCCAAUUAUGCCUUAUAAAACACUUGUGCUGAUCUGCGACAGUUGCAUGAUUCGGUCCAAUCGGGCAAGUUACAGUGUUAAAAUCCAGUAACAUAGGCUGUACAGUAAAAGUAAAAUCACCACACAUAGGUGCUUUAACUUUAAUAACAAAUUGUGAAAACAUAAUAGAGAUUGAAAUGUUGAUUGUAUGUGGUAUAUGUAGGAGUAACUACGUCUGUCCGUACUAUCCUAUCCGUUUUGUGUACUGCAUAUUUUUGAAUGGCCCCUGUCAUUUACGACUUUUCAGAUUUUUAGAGAUACAGUCAAAGCAAACACAUUGCACCCAUUUUUUGUGCAGCUUUUUUUCUUGAAGUGACUAAAAUGUGGGCUGAGAACACUGGAUUUCAAGUUCAAUAACAAUGGAUUUUAUUUCAGGUAGAUUUGGGGUUAUUAAUACAUGUAUUCACAGUAAAGGACUUUCCAGCACCUUAAUCUAAUAAUGAUGUUUUAAUUCAACUUGUUGAUUUACGUAGAAACAAUGCUAGUCAAGCCAAGUGUGAUUCCUCUCAGUCUCAAAGAGAUUUAUAUUGUGGUAAGUGAUAUUGAUAGCUAUAUAAGCAAAUUUACUUCUAAUAUUUCACUAUGUCCAAAUAUUACUGGCACAUUCAAGUAAUUCCACAUCUAGCAUAAAAUGAAAGAUUUAAAUCCCAAGACUAUAUAAGCAUCCUACCUUUUUAAAAAUAGCCAAAAAAAAUGACACAAUGAAAUUUGAAAAAUGAUUCCUUCGUAGAAUCAAUGUUAAAACAGAAUGAGUAUUUAAAGUGGCACUUAAAGCUCAAAUCAUCUAUAAGAAUAAAAAAGGGAAUAUAAAGUUUUAAAAAAAGACAAGUAGCACAUAGCAAAACUGAGAUGUAUUUUUUUGUGAUGCAUAUAUUGCCUUACUUUAGGGAAGGCUAACCAUUAGGAAAAUGAUUUACAUUUUCCAAUAAAUUAAUAUUGUUCUACUUCCUAGAGCUGUAAAUAAGAGUUGUAAAGUUCUAAUGUGAUUUUCCCCCUAUUUAAUGAUCCCAAAAGAGAGAAAUAUGUUAAUAAAAUUCAGUCAGAUCUCAACUGUUCUGCCUGCUUGUAAGUUUUAGGUUUGUUUGUUUGUUUUCUCCAAACCCAGAAUUACCAUAGGAGAUACAGAAUGUCUUUGUUCUGACUGUUUCUGUGCUGUAAGUUGUUUGAAGGGAAAAAAAAGUUCCUGUUUCUUUCAGAAUCCCUGGUAUGUUGGGAGUUUGGUGUGAAUGUUGGGGGUGGGGAGGGAAUACACCACUCAAGUGAUAUUGAAUCAGCUGGCUCAAGCAAUAGUGCAAUGUCUGAUGCUUCAAGAAUUAUAAGCUUUGAAUCAUAUUUUAUUAGCACAGCCUCGCUAGCUGCUUUAGAGAUAGAACUUUUUAGGACUAAUACUGUAGAUGCCCAUGAUAAUACUGUCUACAUGAUGGAAGAACAAACCUGCCAGUAAUUUGCACCUGUUCAUUAAUUUGUAUGAUUUUUUGUACUAUGAAUUUACAUUUUAAAAAUCUAGAAUCUUCAUGAAAAAUAUCAGUAAUACAGUAUUACUUUCAUUUUGACUGUUACUUGUUGAAACUUUUUUAAAAAGUAGGUAAAAAUGAUGAUUUCCAUGUAGAAGAAUGUCAAAAUCUACACAUGCUAAGUUUCAUGAAUUGUGUAAUUCUUUGGAAGAAACUAAAAUGUCUUCAUGCAAGAGGAACUAAUGCCUUGGAAGCCUUCUGUGAUAUAUUUCAAUUUGGUUCAGUUUUUAUGCCGUUUCAGUCAUUUUUAUACAAACCUGCAAACACAAUUGUUAUUAUUACUAUUGCCAAAAUGCAUGAAUGCCUUUUAAUUUGCUAACACAUGAACAAAACCAGACCAUGUCUGCAUGAUGACAAUUUGGACAGUCAAAGCACACUUAUUUAAUUUAACCUUCAUAACGGACAAACUAGGUUUCAUCAGUCAUAUUAAUUAGCUAAUUCCAUAUUUACAUUGUUGCACACAAUUGUACAAAUUUUACUGGGACAUUCAGUCCCAACAGUUGUCAGCACAACUAACUAUAUAUUGUAUCAUCUGCUUUACAAUGCAAGGUUCUUAAUUAAAGUUUAUAGAGAUAGA